CCGAGUCGUUCGUUCUCUUCAUUUCCUUUGGUCUUCCGUUUGCAGACGCUCAUCUAUACAUAUCGAUCCUCUAGGUACUUCUGUCCCUCUUCCGCAGCCAUCAUCGCCGCCCUCUGCUGUAGUUCCGCGCGUCAGCGUGGUCUUCACCUCUUCACGCGCGGUUCACCUUCCUCGAAACUUCUCGGUCCUUUUUCAACGCUGCGUUUUGCACACAACGCGCCGACAUCACUGACUGAAAAACCUUCGCUUUUCUAUGCGCGGUCCCAACCUUUGCUAUCUCCCAAGAUGUCUUCGUCGGAGGAUGACAGGCCGCUAGCUCGAGGCAGAAAUAAUGGAGUCAAGUCAAGCACUUAUAUUCCAAAGAGUGUUGAUCGUGCCAUGGACAGACAGAACCCUUCGAAUGGACAGCCGGCGGGCAUCUCGGUCAGAAUGGGCCCAGUAGAGCCAAUGAAUGUGGACACUACCGAGGCAAACGGUACUACCAAUGGGAAACGCAAGGCACGGAGUAGCAUCACCAAUGGGAAGAACUACAAAGACGCGUCUAGCUCAGACGAGGAAGACAGUAAACCUUUGUCAAAACGGCGGAAGACUGCAAUACCUGAAAAAUCUACUAUGGGAUCCGACUCUGACGAUGAGCCCUUGAUCGGGGGUAUCAGGAAACCACCAAGAAUACGCGCCAGUCAGAUAGGUGAAUCAGAGGACUCAGAUGUACCCAUAGAGAGGAAGCUUGCCGUUCAGAAGCAGAAGAUUGAAAAGAAGGCCGAAAGGACAGCAAAUGCUAUUAACGCGAAAAACAAAUCUAAUGGGAAGCCAAAACGUCAGUCCAAAGCCGCUGACAGUGACAGCGAUGUUCCCUUGGCCAAGAAAUCAAAAGUUGCACCUUAUGCAAAGAAACCAAGGAUGUCAAAUGGCGUGAAGAAAGAACCUGAUGAUGAUAAACCUUUGAAGACGACAGCAGCGAAGGCGAAAUCUAAGGUGAAAAAUGAAAGCUCGACACCGGCGAAAAAAAGGGGCAAAGUUGUCAAAGAGGAGUCGCCACAAGAAGAAGCAGGCGAGGAGGAAGAGGAAGAAUAUCGCUGGUGGGAAGAUACGGCCAAAGGAGAUGGCACUACGAAAUGGACCACUCUCGAACAUAACGGUGUGCUCUUCCCUCCAGAGUAUGAACGGCUCCCAAAGCAUGUAAAGCUGCUCUAUGAUGGUGUUCCCGUCACACUGGCCCCUCAGGCUGAAGAAGUUGCUGGAUUCUACGGAUCUAUGCUCAACUCGACCGUCAAUGUCGAGAACCCGACCUUUAACAAAAACUUCUUUGAAGAUUUCCAAGAGAUCAUCAAAGAAUCAGGAGGCGCCAAAGAUAGGGAUGGCAAGCCUGUGAAAAUCAAAGAAUUUUCGAAGUGCGACUUCAAGCCCAUCUUCGAGUGGUUCGACUCUGAGCGUACUAGGAAGAAGAACUUGUCCAAGGAUGAGAAGAAGGCCAUCAAAGAAGUCAAGGAUAAGGCAGAAGCUCCGUAUCAGUACUGCAUGUGGGAUGGGCGAAAGCAAAAGGUCGGGAACUUCCGUGUUGAACCUCCUUCGCUCUUCCGUGGUCGGGGAGAACAUCCCAAGACCGGCCGGGUCAAGAAAAGAGUCCUGCCAGAGCAGAUCACAAUCAACAUCGGUAAAGAGGCAAAGGUGCCACCCCCACCAGAAGGCCAUGAAUGGAAAGAGGUGAAACAUGACAACACUGGAACCUGGCUUGCCAUGUGGCAAGAAAACAUCAAUGGUGCUUACAAGUAUGUCAUGCUUGCCGCCAAUUCAGACAUCAAGGGUCAAAGCGACUUCAAGAAAUUUGAGAAGGCUCGUGAGCUCAAGAAGCAUAUCGCGAGGAUUCGCAAGGACUACACCAAGGACCUGAAAGCUGACCUCAUGGCCGAUCGACAGCGCGCGACAGCCGUUUAUCUCAUCGAUAAGUUUGCGCUUCGUGCGGGCAAUGAAAAGGGCGAAGAUGAAGCAGACACGGUGGGAUGUUGUUCGUUGAAGUACGAGCAUGUUACUCUCAAGCCUCCAAACAUUGUCAUCUUCGAUUUCCUUGGUAAAGAUUCUAUCCGAUUCUACGAUGAGGUUGAAGUCGAUCCACAAGUCUUCAAGAAUUUGAAGCUUUUCAAGAAGGCUCCUAAGACUGAUGGCGAUGAGAUAUUCGACAGACUGACCACCUCAGCGCUCAACAAGCACUUGAGCAACUACAUGCCUGGAUUGACAGCGAAGGUCUUCCGUACCUAUAAUGCGUCUUGGACCAUGUCAAGUCUGUUGCAAGAUAUGAAGUCAGUGGGGACUGUCCCGGAGAAAGUCAAAGACUACAAUGAUGCCAAUCGCAGGGUUGCCAUUCUUUGUAACCACAAGCGUACAGUCGCUGCGAGUCACGCGGGUCAGAUGGAGAAGAUGCAAGAAAAAAUCAACGGUUUGCGAUAUCAGCAAUGGCGUCUCCGACAGCAGAUGCUAGAUCUGGAUUCAAAACAGAAAAAGAAGCGAGGCGCCGAUUUCUUUCAGCGCGAUAAAGACCUUGACGACGAAUGGGUCCUGCAACAUCAAGCUUUCCUUGUUGACGAACAGCGGACCAAGAUUACCAAGAAAUUCGAGAAGGAAAAUGAGAAGCUGAAGGCUGAAGGUGGUAAGGAAAUGAAAGACAAGGAGCUUGAUGAGCGUCUCAAGGACGCAGACGACCUAGCCAAGCAAUUCAAGAAGGAGAACAAAACAGGGAAGGUCGAGGCCGAAGGCAAGGGACCAACGAUUGAAAAGAUUGAGGCCAACAUCGAGAAACUUGAACAGCGCAUCCGGACCAUGAAGAUCCAGUACGAGGACAAAGAAGGCAACAAGGAGGUUGCUCUUGGAACAUCGAAGAUCAACUACAUUGAUCCACGCUUGACUGUCGUCUUCUCCAAGAAAUUCAACGUACCGAUCGAACGUUUCUUUUCGAAAACCCUCCGUGAGAAGUUCGACUGGGCGGUCAAAUCUGUCGACGAAACAUGGGAAUUCUAAGACUUCCACUUCAUACUAUACAUGGUGACUCUGGUCUCCGCGAUUCAUGCCUCCACCACGGCCAUCCGUCUGGCUUCCGAUUUCUCGACUUUGCUUGCUUUCAUGUACAUUUCCUUGCAUUAUUGGCGUUGGGGCGGCGUCGUACAUUAGAUACAGAAAAGCUAAAGACUAUUGGCGAAGAUAAGGCUGUCUCCACAUAGCGUCCUCGUCUGAACCGUCAUAUCUAUCUAUGGUCAGAGGACUAGAGCGUUACAUAGCUAGCACGAGGGGCUUUGGGAUAUCUGGACGAGGCCUGGGCGAAAGGCGAUCUAGCAUUAGCUACGCAUCUUUUAUCGGAUUGUAUAUAUCACGAAAAGCAACAGUUGUCCGCGCUAGCA